AUGUUUCUCAGCUCCCUUACAUCUGGUCCUUACCGUAAUCUGUGCAAGAAGACAUUUAUCGCCUGUCGACCUAUUUACCACUGGGUGUACGACAUGGCAAAAUACUGGGGCGAUGGCGUCAAAUCACCAAGGGAACCUCUCCCUGAUGACGCUGAUUACGAUCACGAACGAGUUAUAAAUGACAUCAAAAAGGUAAGCUUUAAAUUUAAAAAGUAUAAGAUUGAAAAUUUUAAUACUCAUAAAUGGGGACUACGGUCAGUUUGGUUGCGGAACCUUGUUCCAUCAUUCCAUCAUACAAAUUGUAGCCGAUGAGCAAGCUCUCCCGGAGGGACGCAAUGGCGCAGGGGCCCUCAACGGCUGUUUUCUGUAAAAUAUCUGUUCGGAGAAGCAAAAUUGCCUAGAAUUUUCUAUAGCGUGAGGAAGGCUAAAACUUCUAGAUGACCUUUCUAUUCUAUAUUGUACAAUUUUCGUAGCAUAUCUUAUAAAUUCUCUACGAUUUUCUAAAGUUUAAAUUUUUGCAUUCCAGUCCCCAAGUUAGCCUACUUUCCGAAGAAAAAGGAAACCUUAAAUCUUCGGAUUCGAAAAUUCGAUGGACAGAGGAAUCAGAAAAAUUGUCACUUUCGUAAAACCUAAAAUUGCAUCUAAAAUUUUCGGGCAAUUAAUACUGAGGCCCUUGUAAUUUCGAAAAGACUUGAGUUGCCUCUCUUAGGACAACCGAACGGCUACAAAUUUUAUAGCGGCGCCGCUUAUAAUGCAUUUUUAAAGAUCUGAAAGUACUCCGGAUAGUCUAAAAAGUGUUUUAAUGCAUUUAGGAGGAAACUGUCAUUGUUUGCCCCUGUUUGCGGCUGCAUGGGCUUUCCCCCCGAAAAAUCUUAAAGAUCUAAAUUGACCGGCAAUGAGAAACCCUGGCCGUACCUGUUGCAGGGGAUAGCCAGAACACGAUGCAAAUGGAGGACCUAAUAAUUUUUUAGUUGGUAUAGUCCUAUAUUCCUCUCAUUAUACCUCUCUUUACCGCUUUACAUCGCCUCAUUCAACGACCUAUAAACUUGUUUGUUUUGCAGACUUUGUUUAACCCGGAAAUAACUGAAAAGAGUGUAUUGAUGAUGAACAUGGGAAUCCAUUUUGCUGCUGCGGUGAAUUUUACUAAUUACCAGCGAGUUAUCGAACAGUUAAUACGCCUGCUGAAGGAUGACGGCGAAAACAAACCUGCCAAAUAUAUCAGCAACUCUUUUAAGGGGAGGUUUUUAUGGAAAACGUCAACUGCCAUUCACAGGGAAAGAUUUCCAAAUCCACAUAAAGAUGUCCGUCGGUUCAUGACUUUUUCACGCGUUAAGUUGUUCAAUGCCUAUGCCCUUUCAGCCAUGUGUCGUGCUGGUAUUGACGUCAUAGACGUUCAUCCAAUCAGCGAAGCUUAUCCUGCUGGAACUGUGUCGCAGACCGAUCCUGUGCAUUAUGCUGAUAAUGUGUUUAGGGAUGUCGAGGGAUUGCUUUUUAAGAUGUUUAGUCCGUAA